GUGGGCGGGGCGUGGAGUUGUUUACGGACAACCCCGUUCCAAGAAUCGCGCACGCGCUUGACUGAUUUCCACACGGCAGAGCAGCGCGUUCACAACGGAAAUUGUUCGUCCACAGAGUUUACAGAUCAGCAGGAGCCUGCCGCCGCCAGCGUCAGCCCCCACUUCACCUCCCACAGGAAAAAGAGAAAAGAGGAGAAAGGAGUAAAGUUGGAAAGUGGAGGAGGAGGCAGAAAGAUGGAGGAAGAGCAGCGGGGACUGAAAGUAUACCCCAGCCACAACAUAAUGACAUGAGCGCGGCUCUGUCUGCGCGGACACGGAGAGUCAAAGAGCGGGGAAAAGUUUGAGAAGGAGGCGGUCGAGAAGGAGGAGACAUGGCCGCCGAAGUUCCGAGAAAAAAGAAGAAAAGGAAGGGCAGGGAAAACAAAAAAACAAGAACCGUUCUCCCGAACACCCUGUCUGAACCGAACCAACGUUACGCCAACAACCAGAUCAAAACCACCAAGUACACGCUGCUGUCCUUCCUCCCCAAGAACCUGUUCGAACAGUUCCACAGGUUCGCCAACGUCUACUUCGUUUUCAUCGCGCUGCUCAACUUCGUGCCCGCGCUGAACGCCUUCCAGCCCGAACUGGCUCUAGCUCCGGUUCUCUUCAUCUUGUCCGUCACCGCCAUCAAGGACCUGUGGGAGGACUUCCGGAGACACCGCUCCGACACCGAGAUCAACCACCUGGACUGCCUGGUCUACUGCAGGGAGCACAGACGAUAUGUGGAGAGGUUCUGGAAGGAGGUGCUGGUGGGCGACUUCAUCAGGCUCCGGUGUAAUGAAGUGGUCCCUGCUGAUGUCCUGCUGCUCAGCUCCAGUGACCCGGACCGUCUGUGUCACAUUGAAACAGCCACGCUGGACGGAGAGACCAACCUGAAACAGAGGCAGGUGGUGCGCAGCUUCUACGACCUGGACUGUGAUUUUGACCCCUUGAAAUACAACAGUGUGAUUGAAUGUGAGAAACCCAACAAUGAUCUGAACCGGUUCAGGGGAUACAUCAUCCAUAGCAACAGCAGAAGAGACGCUCUGUAUAAAGUGAACCUACUGCUGAGAGGCUGCACCGUCAGAAACACUGAAGAGGCCGUAGGCAUCGUUAUCUACGCAGGUCAUGAGACCAAAGCCAUGCUGAACAACAACGGUCCUCGGUACAAACGCAGUAAACUGGAGCGACAGAUGAACCUGGACGUCUUCUGGUGUGUCGUCAUCCUGCUGGUCAUGUGUGUGUUUGCUGCUGUUGGUCACGGCCUGUGGAUGUUCCAGUACCGGGGUCAAAGACCAGUUUUUGAAGUCCUGAGUCCAGAUGGUUCGGACUUGUCUCCGAUCACCUCAUCUCUUUAUCUCUUCCUCACCAUGAUCAUCGUCUUCCAGGUGCUGAUCCCCAUCUCCCUCUACGUGUCCCUGGAGAUCGUCAAGGUGUGUCAGGUCUUCUUCAUCCACCAGGACAUGGACCUGUACGACGAGGACCUGGACUCCCGGCUGCAGUGCAGAGCCCUGAACAUCACUGAAGACCUGGGACAGAUGCAGUUCAUCUUCUCUGACAAGACGGGAACUCUGACCGAGAACAAGAUGGUGUUCCGCCGCUGCACUGUGGCUGGAGUGGAGUAUUCACAUGACGCUAACGCCAGGAGACUGGCCAUGUAUCAGGAGAUAGACUCAGAAGAAGAAGAGUGCACAUCCCGCGGUGGAACUUUACCCAGACGUGACAGUAUAGGCAGUCACCACAGCGCCCCCAUGCACCACAGCGCCCCUGUAGUACUGCGCUCCCACAGCACCAAGUCCCACCGCAGGACAGGCAGCCGGGCCGAGGCUAAAAGAGCCAGUAUCCUGUCCAAGCACACGGCCUUCAGCAGCCCCAUGGAGAAGGAUGUGACCCCUGACCCUCAGCUCUUGGAGAAGGUCAAUGACUGUGGAGCCCAACUGGACUUCCUGCGCCUCCACGGCCGACCCUGGUCCCAGCUGCCUUCAGACCUGGCCGACAUCAUGGAUUUCUUCAUCGCCCUCACGAUCUGUAACACAGUGGUGGUAUCAUCACCUGACCAGCCGCGACACAAGGUCCGUCUGAGGUUGGAGUUGAAGUCUCCAGUGAAGACCAUCGAGGACUUUAUCAAACGCUUCACCCCCAGUCGUCUCACCUCUGGCUCCAACAGCAGCAGCUCCUCCAGCCUGGCCACCAACCGCUCCUCCGCCAGGGGGUGCUCCAGCAUCCUGUCGUCUCCGUCGGCAGAGAGCACACUUACCAAGCUGGAGGAGGAGCAGCAGCAGAGUCUAAACCACGCCUUCAGCUCCACGCCGCCCUCUUAUGACAGAAAGCUGUGGCAGGAAGGAGCAAAGCUGCGUUACGAGGCAGAGUCUCCGGAUGAGGCCGCGUUGGUCUACGCCGCUCGGGCGUACAAGUGCUCCCUGGUAGGCCGUCUUCCUGAUCAGGUGACCGUGGAGCUGCCACAGCUGGGAAAACUGAGUUUCGAGCUGCUGCACACACUGGGCUUUGACUCUACCAGGAAACGCAUGUCUGUGGUUGUUCGACACCCGCUGACCGACGAGAUCACAGUUUAUACUAAAGGAGCAGAUUCUGUGAUCAUGGACCUGAUCAGAACUGAAGACACGGGAACGUCCACAGGCAAACGUCGAAAGAAGAUUCUCUUCAGGACGCAGAACUUCCUGAACCUUUAUGCUGCUGAUGGACUCAGGACUCUGUGCAUUGCUAAAAAGACUUUAAACAAAGAGGAGUACACGUACUGGCUUCAGCGCCACCUGGAGGCGGAGACAUCUAUUCAGGGCAGAGAGGAGCUGUUGUUUGAGUCUGCACUGCGUCUGGAGACAAACCUGCAGCUUUUGGGGGCGACGGGGAUAGAGGACCGUCUGCAGGAUGGUGUUCCUGAAACCAUAGCUUGUCUUCGUCAGGCUGGUCUCCAGAUCUGGGUUCUGACAGGAGACAAACAGGAAACGGCAGUGAACAUCGCCUACGCCUGCAAACUGUUGGAGCCUGAGGAGGAGAUCCUGACCCUGAACGCUAACUCUCAGGAGAGCUGUGCUCUGUUACUAGAGGAGAGUCUUCACUACAUCCAGACCAAGUUCCUCAGCAGCUCUUCGCCGUUCUUUCAGCCACCUUCCUCCUCCUCCUCCUCCUGCCACAGCCUUCCUUUCAUGGUCCACCGUCUGGGUCUGGUCAUCGAUGGUAGGACACUGGCCUAUGCUCUGGACCGCAGUUUGGAGGAUACGUUUCUGGCUGUGGCCCGGAGCUGCAGAUCGGUUCUGUGCUGUCGCUCCACCCCGCUGCAGAAGAGCAUGGUGGUCAAACUGGUGCGCAACAAGCUGAAGGUCAUGACUCUAGCAAUAGGUGACGGAGCCAACGACGUGAGUAUGAUUCAGGUUGCUGACGUUGGCGUGGGAAUCUCGGGUCAGGAGGGCAUGCAGUGAUGGCCAGUGACUUCGCUCUGCCACGGUUCCGUUACCUCCAGAAGCUUCUGCUGGUCCAUGGACACUGGUGCUAUUCUCGACUGGCCAACAUGAUCCUCUACUUCUUCUACAAAAACGCU